ACCAAAGAAGACCGGCCCAAACCCAAAAAGGGGCUUCAAACUGCUUCGCCCACCGACCCAGGAGGAUAUCCCUGAGAAUCACACCACUGCCCUGAAGAACUCCUCGGGCGGCGUCUCUCUCAGAAGCUACGUGCAGGAGCCCUAAAAUCCCCAAACCUAAUGGGAAAACGAUUCGGGAGAAAACGAGGUGCCCGAGGAUUGAAGGGAACUAAUACACCUGCCAAGUAUGACACAAGCAAGCGUGUAAGGAGACGAACUGAAGAGAAGGUUGCUAGUAGCCCCUCACCCAGUUCCUCAGGGGAAUCAUCUGAUGAACAAUCAAGUGGUGUGGCUUCUGAAGAAGUGGUUUAUAAGGAACCAUCUAUGUAUGACAAUUUAUUGUUUACAUUGGGAACGGGUAGUGAAUCUCUUGCCAAUGCAUAUAAAAGGAGACGAAGAGAUGAAGAAGGUAGAAGUGACUCUGAAGAAGACAUCAAUGGUGGUUCGGAAUCUUUGACAGUGUCUGAAGAAGAGGACAAUGAGGAAGGUACUGAUAAUGAGUCUGCCAGGGGUCAUGCUAGUGAAAGUAUUAUGGAGCAGAGUGAAGAUGCUGAAACUGAAGAUGACAAUGAGGCUUCUGACACAGAUCAAAUGCAUGACCUAGAUGUUGAUGAUCAAUCUGCUGUUGGUGCAUCAGAGAGCACAAGUUCCUUUACCAGUCACGUGGGCCACAAAUUAUCAAAAGAAGAAGUUGACAAUCUAUCACGAAGGAAAUGGAACUAUAAUUGGGAGAUGCCUGCUUUUGACAUGUCAAGUUGCAAGUGGAUGGGUACAGGGGAGUCUUUUCUAAAGGAUGUUAACACCAGUUCUGGCUAUGAUCUCAAGCUAAAAUUGUACAAGCAUUGGUUGGAAAACUAUAAGACAUCUGGUGGCAAUGAUUUUCAUUCAUCCAAGCAAAGAUUGUUCUUCUCUCUAUGUAACAGCUAUCGAGAUAUACUGUACUGUAACAAGAAGCCCUUUUAUCUCAAAGGCCAGGAAGAAGACUCUUGUAUCAUGGAUGCUUAUAUUAUGCAUGCGCUUAAUCACAUAUUCAGAACGGGAGAUCUUGUGACCAAGAAUGAUUCAAAAGUGGCCAAGCACCAAGAGACAGUUAAAGAGGAAAUUCUAACUGGUGACAGUUUCCUUGACCAUGGGUUUACUCGUCCUAAGGUUCUGAUCUUAUUACCACUUGCAAGCAUUGCACUUCGUGUUGUUAAGAGGCUAAUACAACUGACCCCUUCAUCAAGCAAGGUUAAUGUGGAGCACAUUGAUCGUUUCUCUGAUGAGUUUGGAACUGGAGUGGUUGAAGAUGACCAGGAGCAAAAUGAGUUAUUCCAGAAAGUUCAGGAUUAUGAAAAUUCAAAAGUUCAAAAAUCUUCAAAACCUUCUGACUUUCAAGCACUUUUUGGUGCAAACAACAAUGAUCACUUUAUGAUAGGCAUUAAGUUUACCAGGAGGACCAUAAAGUUGUACAGUGAUUUCUAUUCCUCAGACAUGAUUGUUGCUUCUCCCCUUGGUUUAAUUACUAAAAUUGGGGAGGCUGAGGUAGAAAAGGAAAAAGAUGUUGAUUAUCUUUCUUCUAUAGAGGUUCUAGUGAUUGAUCAUGCAGAUGUAAUAUCAAUGCAGAAUUGGUCCCAUGUGAAUUCAGUUGUUGAACAAUUGAACCGCAUACCUUCUAAGCAGCAUGGAACUGAUAUUAUGCGCAUUAGGCAAUGGUAUCUAGAUGGACAUGCACAGUUUUAUCGGCAAACAAUAAUUUUGGGUUCUUAUUUAAACCCAGAUAUGAAUGCCUCAUUCAAUCACCAUUGUGUUAACUACCAAGGAAAGGUGAAGUUCGUCUGUGAAUAUAAAGGUGCUCUUGCGAAAGUACUACUUCAAGUGCGGCAGAUUUAUGAGCGUUUUGAUGCAGAUUCGGUAGUAGAUUCUGAUGAUGCCCGCUUUGAAUAUUUUACUACGAAGGUUUUUCCCAAGAUAAAAGAUUCUAUUCAGGGUGGGAUUAUGCUAUUUGUCAGUUCUUAUUUUGAGUAUGUUCGUAUAAGAAACUUCUUGAAGUCUCAAAAUGCAUCCUUCUGUUUGCUUGGAGAGUACACAAAACAAAGUGAUAUUUCUCGUGCACGGGUUUGGUUUUUUGAAGGAAAGCGAAAAAUCAUGCUUUACACUGAAAGAGCUCACUUUUAUCACAGAUACAAGAUCCGUGGCAUUCAGAAUCUAAUCAUCUAUUCUCUUCCUGAGAGGAAAGAAUUUUACCCUGAGAUUGUGAAUAUGCUUGAAGGGUCCCAUAACAUGACUUGCACUGUGCUUUUUUCUCGCUUUGAUCAAUUCCGGCUGGAGAGGAUAGUAGGAAGUGGGCCAGCAAAAAGGAUGGUGGCAUCAGAGAAGAAUGUUUUUGUUUUCUGUUAGAAGAUUUCUCCAUGCUCUGCAAUUUUGGGAAAUUAUGGAAGUGCUUUGGAGUAUUUCUAUUUGAAGUGCUUCUAGUCGAAGUAUUUUUCAAAAGUGUUUUUUAGAUAAUCAUCUAUUAAGUGCAUCUCUAGAAGCACUACAGGCGAUUUUUCAUAACUUUUUAAAAUAUUUUCUAAAUUUUUCAAAACCUUUAAAAAAUAUUUUCUAAAUUUUGUCAAACAUCUGAUUUUUUUUUUUUUUUUUUAAAUGCUUUUUAUGUUAAAAGUGUUUUCUGAAAGCACUUCCAAAUGGGCUCUGACAACAAAAGGGUAAGGAGAAGGGGUUGAACAAUUGAUGCUUAGUACUGAAUAUAGGUCUUCAUCUUCUUGAAAGGUCCUUGGUGAGGUGAUUUAUUAGGAGUAAGUCCUCUGCUUCCUAAUCUAUAUUGAAUUGCUCCUAAAUAUUUUGUGAUAGCAUAGUCACAAGGAAUUAUGUAAACCUAUAUUAUUUUGUUACAAUUUUCAUACUUCAUUUACAUUUUUUAUUUUUCUUAA